CAGAGAGAGAGAGAGAGGGACCGAACCUGGGGCGGGGGCGGGGGGGGGAGAACCGACUCCUGGGAACCGAGAACUCGGCAAAACGGAGCGAGCGCCCGGUGGGAAGAUCCUGCAACCUCAGAGAGUGCAGCGGCAUGAAGGGUUACCUAAAAACUUCCAACGGGAUUUACACUCUUAAAGCUAAGACAACAACCAUUGGGCGACUCAAGGAAUCUGCCCUGUGCUUACAGAGCGGAGGGAUUGACGAUCGCCAUGCUCUGAUCGAGUUGAGCGACUCUGAGAACUGCUUUGUUCUCCAGGACCUCAACUCCUCGAACGGAACAUUUGUCAAUGACUGCCGUAUCCAGAAUGCAGCAGUGCGCCUGGCGCCGGGAGAUGUGCUGCGUUUUGGGACUGGGGGUGACGCCUACGAGUUGCUGGUGGAGACUGUUCCUUCGAUGUUCUGCCCUCCAGUCAGUCAGCGGUCAGUGUGGCCUGGACACCUUCAGAUCAUCGAGGACUGUCAGCCCUACUCCUGCCCUGUCACAGCCUCCCAGCUCCCUUGGCUGCCCACUCACAGUUCCAGCAGUGGCCCGAAUGGUUGGAUUCAAGGCAACAGCGCAACUGUUCCUCACCCACCCCUGAGGAGGCGGUCAGCGAGCGCAGGCAGCAAGCGAGUGACCAGUGCCCCGCAAACUGACACCAGCAGGAGCCCACCCGCUCUCAGACGAGGAGCCUGGACUAAUACCCCUGGUCGAUCUGUGGGAAAUGGGGUCCCCUUAUCCAGCUCUCAGAACCUGGAAAUGCUCUUGCAAGAAAAGGAGCAUCAAAUCCUCCGCAUGGGGGAUGAAAUAAGCCGCCUCACUGUUUUCGAAAGUGAGUCCAAGCGUAAAGAUACUAUCAUUAUUCAGCUGCGAGAUGAGGUGGCUGCUUUGAAGCAGCAGCUGUCCCAGAUGACUCCCAGCCAGAGCGAUUUGGAAAUCACUCAGCAAUUAGUGACACUCGGCUGUGACAUUGAUGCUAAACAGGAGCAAAUUGAAACGCUGAAAGAUGAGAUAACCAAGCUUCAGAAAGGCUCCAGCGAGGUGAUGCGGCAUUCUCUGACUGAGAGAGACCUGGAGAUCACUAAAUUGAAGAGCGAAACUGAAAAGUUGAAGAAAGACAAUAAUAUCAUUACAGGGCUGGUGACCAGUUUGCAGCGUGACAUCACUGCCAAAGACCAACAACUGCUAAAGCUCCAAGCAGAGGCUGGGAAACUGAGGACAGAGAUCCAAGAGAAGGAUGGUCAGCUGGCAGCCAUGUCAGCUAAGUUUUCCAGAAUGCGAGAGUCGAGAGAGAAUCAGGAGGAGCUGGUGAACAAAGAGAAGGAGCUGGUGACCCAGAGGCAUAAUGCAAAACGGCUAGAGAGUCGGAUGAAGGAGUUGGAGUCAGAGGUCAAACAGCUCCGCAGUCAGCAGGACGACAUGAAGACCAGUGCAUCUGAGGGGAAACAGAUCCAAGAGCAGCUUCAGGAUGAGCUGGAGAGGACCAGGCUACUGCUUCAGGAGAUGGGCCGAAGGGAGAGGCUGGUGAGGGUCGAUCUGGAGCAGGCCCAAGCCAAGCUGGAGCGAUUCCGAAGCCGAAUCAUACAGACCACGUACUCUGCUCCAGGAGUUCAGUCUCCUGAAGAGGCCCUUUCAGAUGAGCAGGUGAUUGAGCAGAUGAAGCAGAUUAUCAAUGAGCGGGAGGAGUUCAAGGAGAAGCUACAAGGUGAACUAGAUUGGAAAGUCUCGGAGGAAGAGAGACGGCUUACCAACACAGACGGGCUGAGGAAAGCACUGGAUGAGAUGGAGGCCCGCCUGCGCACUGACUUUGGGAACCGGGUGAAGGAAGAGCUCGAGAUGCUACAAGAACUCUCCAUUGAUCAGAGCCUUCUUUGGGUACAGAAAGCGGUCACUGGCAUUUUAAGCCUCAUGUUGUCGUGGCAACAGCAGUCAGAGCAGAGCCUAUUGGACGCUGGGAUAGAUAGAUCCAGCUGUGAAGGAGGAAUUGUUGGAUACUUUCAGCUGCUGCAGGAGAAGCUUUAUGGAGCAGAGGAGCAGAUAAAGUCAUUGCAGCAACAGGUGGAUCAGGUGCAGAGCUCCCAGGAGAGUGAGAGCCAGCAGCUGCUAAACGAGCUGAGGGCAGAGUGGGAGCAACAGCUGGCCGAAGAGGUAAAGAAUUCGCAGGCAGAGAUUCAGAUAAAACAUGACCAGCAACUGGCUAAGGCCCUGGCUCAGGAGAGAGAGAGGGGGACAGAAGCAAUGGAGGAGGAGAAGAGGAGGCGAGAGGAAGUGGAGCUGCGCCUUGAAGAAUUGAAAGAGAAUAUGGAAGUGAAAGAUCAGGAGACAGAGGGUCUGAAACUGCAGCUGAGCAACACAACACAAGAACUGGAAGGAGUGAGGAAGAUUGAGGUUGAUUUGCGAGAGGAGCUGGAAGCUCAGCAGAGAUGUCAGAAAGCCGAGAUCGAGGGCUUCAGGGGUCAAAUUGAAGAGGAGAGGCACAGUCACCUGGAUGAGCUGGCAGAGUUCAAGGAGCAAAUCCGGCAACAUUCCUGGACAAUUGUGGCUUUGGAAGAGAGACUGCUCACUGUUACUAAACAGCUCCAAGCAGGAGAGGAGGAAAAAGGGAUCCUAUCAGGAAAACUCAGGGAGGCUCGGGGGAAAUUGGAAGAAUGGGAAAGGAAUUGCACUGUGAGGCAGCCUGUCCAGGCACUGCCAGCAGUAGAAGCGCCAAUCACGCCAGACACACAUGCCCAGGAGCAGGCAUGUGCUAUACUCCAGCAAGAGUUGGCAGAGAUGCGGGUGCAGGUCCUGGCACAGCAAGAUGUUAUCCUCAGACUGAGACGGGAUCUGGCGGGUGCUAAUGCCAGAAUGUCAGACCUGGCAGGAGAGCUGAGUGAGAGACAGAAAGUGGAGCUUGAACAGAACCGAGCAACAGUCAAGAGACAGGAAUUGGAGCUGAACACUUUGCGGCAACAACUGGCCAAGAUGUCACAGCUGGUGGACAUGAAGAACAAAGAACUUCAAAGCAGAAAUGUAGAGUUGAGGAACUGUAAGGAGAAGCUGGAACAACUGAAAGCAGCCAGGAAGGAGAAGGCGAUACAGUGCGAGAAACUACAGCAUGAACUUGACGAACGAGAUAGCCAGCAGCACCAGCCAUCCAAACACAGUGAGGAUAAAGUGCACUCUGAGGUUGUGAGGCUUGCAGCACAGUGCAAAGGUCACCGACACGAGGAGGUCAUUCAGCGACAGCGCGAGGCACUGGCCGAGUUACGAGCUAGGGUGAAGGUGCUGGAACAGACUCCCACUUCUCGAGUCAGCCAGGAGCAGGCCUCCCAACACCUGACGAUUCUGAAGAAGGAGCUGACAGACCUGCAGUCCCAGCGUGCACUCAGUGGGUGUGAAUCCUUCAGCAACUCCUCUCACAGUAAUAAUUCAGCGAAACUGAAGCAAAAGGAUUCUUUCGUCAAUUCUGAAGCUUUCAUUGAUAGGACAGCACGGUUGGAAAUGUCCGAGGCCCUGGACCUCAGUGAGAGGACGUAUCUGGACCUGGUGAAGGCCCUUUCCAGCUUGCUUGACGUGAAGGAACUUUCUGGGUCACUCUCUUUGAAGCAUGUUCCCCGGGAUGAGAGGGAGAAGCUUGGAAAAGCACGGCAAAGGAACCUGGAGCUGUUGAACAGCCGAAUUGCCCAACUGAAGAGCCAACUACACAAGAAAGACGAGUUGCUGGGGGAAUACGAGAGUGACCUGCUGCAGCUCAGACGGUCAGAGGUCACUCGACAUAAGUGCCAGGCCGAUGUGGAGAGCUUGCAGGAGGAACUGCAGCGACAGAUUGAGGAGAACAAACUGAUCCGAGAGUCCAUGGAGCGAACACAGUCACGCCUCGAACAAGAGAAGAGACUCAACAAAGUCAUUAAGCAGCACAAGGCAUUUCGUUUGGAACAGUUUGAGAGGAGACCUACAAAGUGCCCAUCUCACAGCUGCACGAAGGAGGAUAUUCACGGCAAAGCAGAGUCUCAGAAGAAGAUGAUGCAAGAGAAGCUGAAGAAGAAGGAUUAUGAGAUUGAAACUCUAAAGAGAGAGCUGAGAAAGCAAGGCCAGGAGCUAUGUGACACCACCACGCAGCUCAUCAACCUGCAGAACUCCAUGGAGAUGAAGCAGAGGCAGCUUCCAGAGGAGUGAGCGAUUCCAGAAAAUGCUGAAACCACCAUACACAUGCAAACACAAGUAAAAACACACACACAUAAAUACGUAACAUGCACAAAAGAGCAUGGACACAAACACACACACACAAACACACAAACACAUAUACAGGCAUACACGCACACACUCACAUACACAUAUACACACACCUAAAUAGAUACACACACACACAAAUACAUACAGGUACACAAAUACAUGCACACACAAAUAUAUAUAUACGUGCACACAAAAAUACAUACACACAUACACACAUGCAUGUACAUUCAAAAAUGCGUCUACACACACAGAAAUACACAUGCAAAUACAUGUACACACACAAACACACACACACCCAAUACAAACACACACACACCCAAUAUAAACACACACAAAUACAUACACACACACACAAAAUAUACACAUACAACCAAUACAUGUACACACACAAAUACUUAUAUACAUACAAGUACAUGUACACAUACAAACUCAUAUUCACACACAAAUACACACACACACAUUCACACAUACAAACUCAUAUUCACACACACAUUCACACAUACAAACUCAUAUUCACACACAAAUACACUCACACACACAUUCACACAUACAAACUCAUAUUCACACACAAAUACACACACACACAUUCACACAUACAAACUCAUAUUCACACACAAAUACACACACAUUCACACAUACAAACUCAUAUUCACACACAAAUACACACACACACAUUCACACAUACAAACUCAUAUUCACACACAAAUACACACACAUUCACACAUACAAACUCAUUCAUGCACAAAUACAUACACACACACGCAAAUUCACACAGACAUAACUCAUAUUCACACACAAAUACAUAAAUACACUCAUAUUGACACACACACACAAACUCAAAUACACACAACACACAUUCAAAAACCCAUACACAUGCAAACACACACACACACACACACAAACUUAUAUACACAUACGCACACAAACAAAAAUCUAUGCACAUGCUCACAAAUUCAUACGCACAUAUAUAUAGAUUCACAAAGAGUCAUGGGCUAGUUUAUUGCUGGGAAAUCUAUUCCUUUCUUGCAAAAGCCACAUAGCACCAGAUGUUUCUUUAAAUUGACUGUUGUAUGUGAAUACUGAAUGUGGUUGAAUACUUUUUAAUAGGAAAGGCUUGUAUUUAUGUAACACCUUUCAUGAUCUCAGAACGUUCUUUACAGUCAAUGAAGUACAAUUUCAAGCGUAUCGGUGUGAAGCACUUUUAAACAGCAUCAUUUGAAUGAUUCAAAGUAUUGGCUAUUUCAAUUACAUUUUAAAAUGACUGAAUUCUGAAAAUUAGACUGUAUUCCCAGGCUGAGUAUCCCACUGUUGUAUAAAGCAGCUGGGACCCAAGUCUUUGAUGUCAAUUGCAUGUAUUUUUUGUUGAAAAUGUUCUAAGGAAGGGUCUGUUAUUUAGUGACUCUCCGCCCAGAACCUUGCUUGCAUAAAGCUAAAUAUAAAAAGGGGAGAUUUGGACUGUUAAAGACUAGCAACCAAUGCCUGUAAUACAAACAUUAAUAUAAAAAUGCCUGUUCUUGUGUUGCCAGAUGGAUUGUUCCUUGCAGCCUUGCCAUGUUUAUUCAGUUAGUAAUUAGGUGACUAGUCAAUGCGCACACACUAUGUGGCCCCAUGACUGUAAGGGAGACCAAAAUGGGAAUUAACUGCUAGUAACCCUAUUGCAACUGCGUGUGGAUGUGCUGGGGGUGGUGUGAGCAAUUGACAAGCUGUCAGUAGGGUGGCU